AUCUUAAAUAUUUUCUUUGGAGCUGUACGUAGGACUCUGACUCGUCCAGUGGAACUCAUAAAAUGUUUGAAAGCUAUUAGGGACCAUGCCUUUUCUGUUUCUGACUAUCCUGUUGUGAUUACUUUUGAAGACCACCUAACCCCAUAUUAUCAAUCUAAAGUUGCCCAGAUGGUCACUAAAACAUUUGGAGAAUUGCUAUAUCGUUCUGAAUCGGAAUUAAAGGAAUUCCCUUCACCAGAAUCAUUGAAGAAAAAAAUCUUGAUUUCAACCAAACCACCAAAAGAAUUCCAUGAUCAAGCUUCUUCUUCAUCCAAGGAUGAGACAUGUAACUUAAACGUCGAACAGAUGCUGGUUGCUUGGCAUGAUUGGGAUGAUCAAACUGGUGAAGAAAAUGCCGUUCCUCAAUAUAAGAAUUUAAUUGCCAUUCGUGCAGCAAAGCCGAAAGGUGUAAAAGAUAUCUGGGCUAUUGAUCCUGAUAAAGUUAGACGUCUUAGCCUGAGUGAACAAGAGCUUGAAAAUGCCGUAAACACACGUGGAACUGAUAUCGUCAGGUUUACCCAAAAGAACUUGCUGAGGGUGUACCCAAAAGGUUUGCGCUUGGACUCAUCAAAUUACAAUCCUAUGCUCGGAUGGAUGCAUGGAGCUCAAAUGGUUGCACUUAAUAUGCAGGGAUAUGGGAAGUACCUUUGGAUUAUGCAAGGAAUGUUCAGAGCCAAUGGCGGUUGCGGUUACGUGAAAAAGCCUAACUUCUUGUUGGAAGUAACUCCAAGUAAUGAGGUUUUUGAUCCAAGUGAUAUGCCACGAACUCAGAAAACUUUGAAGGUAAAAGUCUACUUGGGAGAAGGGUGGCAUUCAGAUUUCCGCCACACGCACUUUGAUCGAUUUUCACCACCGGACUUUUUUGUCAGAGUUGGAAUUGCUGGGGUUCCAGCUGACGAAGUUAUAAAGCAAACGAAAGCAAUUGAGGAUGAAUGGCUACCGAUGUGGAAUGAGGAGUUUGAAUUCCCACUGAAGGCCCCCGAAUUAGCUGUUCUCAGGAUUGAGGUCCUUGAGUACGACACAUCAGGAAAAAAUGACUUCGGAGGCCAAGCAUGUCUACCUGUAUCAGAGUUGAGAACCGGUAUUCGAGUAAUUCCAUUGCAUAAUAAAAAGGGAGACAAAUACAAUUCUGUAAAGCUUCUUAUGCGAUUUGAAUUUUUAUGAUCUGUAAAUUAUUAAAACAUCCAUAUGGGAUAUGGUAUGUG